CCCACGCGUUCCACGCACCGUGCAGAGCAUCACUCAAAGGGACACAGUGAGGAGCGCUGCAGCAUCCUCACACGCGUGGACUCCUCCACAGCCUGAGAACAUCCAUUCCAGUCGAGUCGGGGGAAGUGUAAGGGGGACCGAGGUCGAGAUGAGGAGUUUGGAUCUUCUGCUGGGAGUGAAAGCAUGCAUCCUCCUGCUGUGGUCGCUGUCUGGGACAGGGGCGGUCAACAGCAGCGGCCGCUGGUGGGGCAUCGUCAACGUGGCCUCCUCAUCCAACCUUCUCACCAAUUCCAAGAAUGUGCAGUUGGUCCUGGACCCGAGCCUGGCCCUGCUGAGUCGUCGCCAGCGUCGGCUGAUCCGGCAGAAUCCGGGCAUCUUGCACGCCAUCACCGCUGGACUGCACACGGCCAUAAAGGAGUGCAAGUGGCAGUUCCGCAACCGCCGCUGGAACUGCCCCACCACGCUCAGCCCGGCGAUAUUUGGCAAAAUUGUCAACCGGGGUUGCAGGGAGACCGCCUUCGUGUUCGCCAUCACCAGCGCAGGCGUGACCCAUGCGGUGGCUCGCUUCUGCUCGGAAGGUGCCAUCGAAUCCUGCACGUGCGAUUACCGCCGCAGAGGUUCAGGGGGGCUGGACUGGCACUGGGGAGGCUGCAGUGACAACGUGGACUUCGGCAGGAUGUUCAGCCGUGAGUUUGUGGACUCCAGCGAGAGAGGACGAGAUCUGCGCUAUCUGACCAACGUGCACAACAACGAGGCGGGGAGGAUGACCGUGUCCACGGAGAUGCGGCAGGAGUGCAAGUGUCACGGCAUGUCGGGAUCCUGCACCGUCCGCACUUGCUGGAUGCGUCUCCCGAGCUUCCGCACCGUCGGAGACUUCCUCAAGGACCGCUUCGACGGAGCAUCCCGUGUUGUUUACGCCAACAAGGGCAGCAACCGUGCCUCGCACCGAGCGUAUCCUCGCCACCUGGAACCUGAAAACCCGGCUCAUAAACCCCCUUCCGCUAUGGACCUGGUCUACUUUGAAAAAUCCCCAAACUUCUGCUCCAAAACCGGCACUUUGGGUACUUCCGGUCGAACAUGUAACAGUUCCUCCCCGGGCCUGGAUGGAUGUGAACUACUCUGCUGCGGACGGGGGUUUCAGACCCGGGCCGAGAGCGUCACGGAGCGGUGCAACUGCACAUUCCACUGGUGCUGUCACGUCAGCUGCCUGAACUGCACCAGUACUCGAACGUUACAUCAGUGUCUAUGAUUACGCCGCAGGUGGGGAUUAUUUAGUAUGAAAAUCAGGACUUCUUAGAAAUGAAAUAGUUGGCAAGGAAAAUCCCAAAUAUACAGGAAGUUCUGGCAAAUCGGGAAGCUUUGAGGAAGCUACACUGACAGGGACCCGCCCAAAGUCAAUCAAUGAAAAACUGCACAAAUAUCCAACCAGGGUUUGAUGAGGCAUCGACAUCGUUAAUGCUGGAGGUAGCAGAUAGCCGGGUAGUCGAGUAGAUCAUCUCUAUUACUGGACAUGAAGGUUUACACUACAAAACUUGGAUUUAUGUCAAUCAAAUCUUGUGUGAUGUGGUUGCUGCCCGGCUUUAAAUUUCCCUACCACAUUUUGGCUUUUCUUCAGAUUCCAGAUUUUCCCGAUCCUACCCCUCAACCACAAUCGGCUCCUUUGACCAGAUGCUGAAUGUCAGCCGCUGCCGCCGCCCAGAAAAACAAAAAAACGAGCAACUCUUGGAUUUGAAUGUAUUAUCCUUACACUAACUAGAUUGGAAUUAGCUCAUACUGUAUAAUCUCAAUCAUAAUCUCAGCAAAUUCCAUAAAUGUCUGAGGUAUUCCAAGCCAAUGAAAGACCCAUCAUGAUCACACCGCAUCAGCUAAGAGAACCAAAAUUCUGUAAAUAUCAAAAUGUAUGAAUAUAUUUAUAAUGUCAUUGCUUGAAUUACCGAAGAGUACGAAUCUGGCAUUUCUGUCAAGUCAAUAUUUAAAUGUUUGAAGUACUUCAGCUGACAUAAAACUCUUAAAAGGAAAGGGAGAACACCACUUGUGUUUUUUUGCCAUGCACUGAAUACACACCUUUUUUUUUUAUCAGUGUAAAUAUGAAAAUAUUUAUUUUCCAGGGUUUUUAUACUGCUAUAGCAACAAGUAAGAGGCGAUGAUGUUUAGGGGAUAAAAAUGUCGUAGGUGCUACUUUUAUUUGUGUUG